GGCGUUUUUCUCGUGCAGGCACGGCCGCUCCCCCUCCCUCGUCUCCUCCGCUUCAGGCCCAGUCCACGAGACGCCUUCGCCGCCCGUCUGCGACCCGCCGCCGUCCCACCUGGCCAUCGGCGAGCCGUCCGUGGCCGCCCCCUACCGGUUCAUCCCGACCGAUCCCCCUCCUCUCAGUUCGUCCAAAACCGCCCCCCACACCCCCCGCGCAAACAAGCAAUGGAGCGAGUAGGCAGCGGCGAGAAGCAGCUCGAGGACUGCUCCGUCUCCAAUGCCCUGGGGACUUGGUUUUUCUCUGUUGCCGGUGCUCUCCUUGCUAUUCCUGUGGGAAUAAAGAAGAAAUCCUUGGCUCCACUGGUAUUCUUUGGCACUACUGGAACUAUGCUUGACAUCAUCAUGGGCAUUAGCCAGUGUGAGCGGGAACAUGCUGAGCGACAGAUGAAGCUUUUGGAAGCACAAAACCUUUUGGCAAAUGCUUCAGUAGAUGGGGAAAGCUCGACUGAGUCCUUUACCAAUGUUGACAAGUGAAAUGCAUUCUUUUCUUUUUCUCAGGUGUCGUGAUCCUCUGCCCAUUUGGGAAAUCGAUAAUGUCUGAACUUUGGGAAUCUUGAUGUUCUUCCUAUUUCCAAAUAAUGUGUAUUGAGUGAUGAUCAAAUGUUAGUAACCUUUUGUUGGUUAUUCUGCAAACGGCUGAUCUUCAUUUGCACUGGGAGGCUGUAGAUUGAGACAUUAUUGACACUGGUGGCAUGACAGCUGUGAAGUAGCCAUGAUUAGUUUCUUCGGGUAUGUAGAAUCUGGGCUUACCUUUUCUUGACUUUUUCAUUGUAAUUUGAACGAACUAUUCCCAUUGAUCUGAAUGUCUUCUAAAGAACA